UUAAUGAUUCAGUGGCAGUUUGAUCCUUCUAUUAAGCUUGUUCUCAAACCUUUGUAUGCCUGUGAUUUGUGUGAUAAUGACUAAGCCCCUCCCCCUCACGACAUUGUCAAAAAAGUGGCGGAGAAUGGGUGACCCUAAAAUGAUAUCCCCCCUGAAAAAAGUUCUGCGGACACCCCCAUGGAAAAGGGUUAUACAGUAUAAUAUUCUAGGCAAGACUAGCUUCACUAGAUGGUGGGAACAGCUGAUAACGUUCUUUUAUGUUUAUUUUCACAUGCUUAAUAAUGAAUCAAUAUGUAUAAAACUUCCUCCAAAAUAAUGCAAUUAAUCUUCCUUUUUUAUGUCUUGUUUUAUCAUCUGUUCGAUUGAACCGUCUCAGAGGGAAGUUGUUGGGAUCUUCUCCAGAUCUACUAGUGAUGAUUACUCCUGGCUGGCGAAACUCCUGACAUCAAACCAUUUCAGAACGAUUGAGGAAGUUCGACCUUGUUACAUCUCCAACAAUGGAUUCCAACAGUUCAUGGAUGUUUUGUCUGAGUGCACAUUUGGGAUUCUGUAUCACACCAAGAACAGAGGAAGAAUCAACAUCACCGACGUCACCGACUCUCUGUAUGAUGGCGAGUUGGGUUGUCUCGAAAGCAUCCUUGGGAAGGACAAUGUGGUGGUGCUGGUCGAUGAUCUGGAGGACAGCGGGGAUCAGGAGAAGACUCGGAUCUUGGAGAAUCAGCCCCGUAUUGAAGAGUUGGCCAGUGACCUCCUCCUCAUAUCACACACAUUGAAAGCUAAUGAAAUGCAACUUGUAAAGAAACUGAAGAGUAUAAAGCAAUUCUGUCAUCCUUCAGACAAUUUGUCAAAAAGGAGGACGCUACAAGAACCAAAGGUGUUACCUGUAACCUCUGUACCUCCUCCAAGAUAUGACAUUGUCGUUUUCUCCAUACUGGAAGAUUCCAACACUGACUGGCUACAGAGAUUGUUGUCAUCUGAGAUAUUCGGACACAGACAAGUCACACUGCAAAAAAUGUCCUUUUAUGAGAAUGGAAGACUCAGAGAAAGAGCGUUACAAUGUAACUUUGGGAUCAUCUAUCACAGUAUGAAGAACGGGUGGCCCGUUUCGAGUGAGGAGGGGUUUCUAUAUGACGGAGUGCUACAACAGAUGUCUGAUGCGAUGGUGAUCAUUGAUGGCCUGAAGGAUAGUAGAGAACAGAAGGAUAUGAGGAACUUUUGUAAUCAGCACCAAAUUCAAAGGUUGGCCAGUGAACUGUUCCUCAUAUUAUAUUCAGAGAAUGAAGAGCAAAUUAUAAAGAAACUGAAAACUAUCAAGCAGCUCAACAACAGCCCAGAACAUUCUCCACAAGAAAACCUAAUUAUACCAAGAUCGCAAAUAAAAAACACCAACUCUCAGAAGACACCAACACCUACAAGAUCCGUCAUCGGCGUCUUCUCUGUAUCAGCAGAGGGUAAUAUCAGUUGGCUAAAGAGAUUGCUCUUAUCGGAUAUCUUUGGAGAAAGAGAAGUCACCUAUCAUAAAAUGCCAUCAUGUGAUAAUGUGGGACUUAAAGAGGGACAAUUUCAAUGUGUAGGAGCAAUCCUAUAUCACACUAUGAAGACUGGACCAGCUGCCACUCCACAGGAGGGAUUUCUGUACCAUAGAGCAACAGAACAGCUGGUACAUACAUUAGGGAGGGAGAACGUGAUUGUGCUGAUUGAUGAUCUGAAAAGUGAUACAGAUAGAAGAUGGGCGACGUGGAUCAAGUCCAAGAUUGAAAAAUGGGCUGGUGAUCUCCUCUACAUAACCCAAGAAGAAAAAUUCAACCAAGAGCUACUGGUUAAAGGACUAAAGAGCCUAAAACUGUUCCGCCAACCUCCAGGUAAUGUUCCUCAACUCUCUUUACCCAUAGCUAGAGGAAAACGCUGGUUUCCUUUUAUUAUUGUGGAGUUUAGAGUCAGGAGUUGACUAUUACGUUCCUGGAAAUAAAGUCAGCAGAGAUAACAACAGUAGGAGAGC